AUGGCGAUCGUCACCGGUGAUCGCUACUUGGAAAAGCUGGUAAACUUCGUCGAGCAGCAGGCCGGUCCGCUAAUCGACGGCGCUCUCGUCCUCAAGCUCAACCCGGUGGGGCUCCACUACGUCCACUCCCGUCUCGAGGCCUUGCAGGAGCUGGAGAAUCUCGUCGCCGGUGCUCCCGUCGACUACCUCCGCGCCUACGUCUCCGACCUUGGGGACUACCGCGCGCUCGAGCAGCUCCGCCGUAUCCUCAGGCUGCUCACGUCGCUCAAGGUCGUCUCGGUCCUGCCGCCGCCGACGCGAGAUCCUACGCCUCUGUCCUUGCUGCCGUUUGAGAAGUUGAAGGUAUUGGAGCUUAGAGGAUGCGAUUUGUCAACUUCGGCUGCUAGGGGUUUGCUUGAGCUGAGGCAUACCUUGGAGAAGAUCGUCUGUCACAAUUCUACUGAUGCUCUUCGGCAUGUGUUUGCCAGCAGGAUUGCGGACAUCAAGGACUCUCCUCAGUGGAACAAGCUAUCGUUUGUGUCAUGUGCAUCUAACCGGUUGAUUUUGAUGGACGAGUCGCUGCACCUCCUUCCGGCUGUUGAGAUUCUUGAUUUGAGUCGAAAUAAGUUUGCUAAAGUUGAUAAUCUACGGAAAUGUGUUAAUUUGAAGCACCUGGAUCUUGGAUUCAAUCAUCUAAGGAGAAUUGCUCCCUUCGGUGAGGUACCAUGCAACAUUGUUAAGCUUGUACUGAGGAACAAUGCAUUGACAACAUUGCAUGGCCUUGAGAACUUAAAAUCGCUAGAGCAUCUUGAUGUAUCAUACAAUAUCGUCUCCAACUUUUUGGAGCUGGAGGUCCUUUCAAGCCUUCCAUCACUAUGCAACUUGUGGCUGGAAGGAAAUCCAUUAUGUUGCGGGAGAUGGUAUCGAGCACAAGUAUUCAGCUAUUUUUCUCAACCUUGCAAUUUGAAGCUGGAUGACAAGGCGAUCAGCACAAGGGAGUACUGGAAGAGACAAAUCAUAGUUGCCAGCCGACACAAGCGACCUGCCAGCUUUGGGUUUUAUUCUCCUGCUAUAGAAGAUGCUUUAGGAGUGGGUUGUAUCAUCAAGAAAAAACAAAAAGUAUGUCGUCUUGCCUCAAUCAAGAGUGAUGAAGAUUGCUUGUCUUCUAUGUCCGAUCCGGAGUCUUCCCCAUGCAAUCAUGAGGCUCAAAGCAAGGAAGAGAACAUGAAAUCUGAUGAUGAAGCUGAAAUUGUCAAUUUGAUGAACAGAGUUGAACUCAUGAAGAAAGAGCGCUCUUCUCUUUGGUUGAAAGAAUUAAAGAAAUGGAUGGAUCCUGAACCUGUGAAAUCUUUGGAUUGCAAUACAUAUAAUGGCUCCAUCUCAGAGGCUGCAAAAGGAAUCAUUGAAGGAAACAAAGUAAGGCAGAAGCAUGAGGGAAAAGGGUCAAGAUGUUCCUGUGACUGUCUUCAAGCUUCUGAAGAUGAGACUAGCACCAAUGUUUUUGACUCAGACAGUUCCCUUAUGGACGUGCAUAAUGAUGCACAGGGUGGUAUUGCUGUGCCUGAUUCUGGAAGGAAGAUUUUCAAGUCGAAGUAUCAAGGGCUAGGUACUCCAACUGUGCGAACUGCGAGUUCACAUCUUGAUAAUUCCAAAGUCCAGAGAGGAUGGGGGAUGGUUGAAAAUGUUAGAUUAUCACCAUUGAACACGAUAGAUGACACAACAGAAUCUCUGUCGUCUUCUAAUUUCCAUGGGUCUCCACCUCACUAUCAAAGGGACCUUUUGCACCGUCACCAUAACCUGGUGGAAGAAAUUAUGCAGCUUUCUGUCGAUUCCUAUUCAGUGGUAUCUUCUGAUACUGAUACAACUGCUAGCGAAGAUGAAUUUUAUGACAUUGGGCAUCCUAUGUAUCAAUAUGAUGAUGGAAGUCAAUUGGCUGAAGAAAACUGUAAUCCGAAUCUUUCAAGGAUCUCAUUAUCAGUUAGCAAUUGGGAGAAGACUGGUGAAGGGAAUUCUAUUCAUCACAGAGGAGGUGACAAAUAUGUAUGGAACUCGCAUUCUGGACAAAUAUCUACUAUAUCAGAAAGAGCAGGUACAUGGACCAAUGGUUCGUCUGGUGUUUCUUGCAAUGGUGUAGUUCCUAAUUCUGAUGACCAAGAGGCUCAUGAGGCGGAGAAGAGAAAAGAUAGGAGCAAAGCAAGGAGAAUUGGUCAAAUAGCAGAAAAUUUGGUUGAAUGUACAGGCCCAUCAGGAAAGUCUAAUGGUUGUCCAAAUGCUUGUGAAGGCAUAAAUGAGAAUCAACGAGAGCAAAUAGUUGAGGAAAAUGGUAUUCUUGAGGCCAUUGAUGAUAAAUGGUUGCGUACAAUUGUAUUCUUGAGACAGAAGCCUCACUCAAGGAAAGGUAGACUUUCUUCAGUAACCGAGGUUGCUUCAUUGUAUAUAGUUUGA